CUCCGCCUUAAACCCCCACCACACACACACACACACACAAGCGCUGGUUCCAGCUGAGUGAUCCCGGGAGCUGGCGGCUGGGUGAGGGAGGACAAGCAGACUGAGCAACACCCAGAGCAGUGGGGCAGAGGCGGCUUUCCCGGGACUGGGAGUCGGGACCCGGGACCCACUGGAGCAUCAACGGAUAGUUCGAGAUGCCGCAUUACAAGUACCAGGGGGCACAAGUCAACUGUCUCUUCAAAUAUAUCCUAUUCUCUCUCAACAUUAUCUUCUGGAUCGCUGGAGGUGGACUUCUCGCCAUCACUUUCUGGGCCUGGAAUGAAAAGGGAAUGUUGAAUAUUCAGUCCAUCACUCAGAUACAAGGAUUCGAUCCAGUCUGGCUAGUCCUAGUGGUUGGUUUACUGACCUUCUAUUUGGGUCUCACCGGCUGUAUUGGAGCCCUACGAGAGAAUAUCUGCCUCCUGAAAUUUUUUUCUAUCAUCAUUGGAACCAUCUUCACUUUGGAACUUGCAGCUGGAAUCCUCGCUUUCGUCUUCCAGGACUGGGUCAAGCAGAAGGCGCAGAGUUUUAUUCAAGACCACAUCACUUUUUAUCGCGAUGAUAUCGAUCUUCAGAACAUCAUUGACGCCGUCCAGAAAUAUAUGCAGUGUUGUGGAGCUGCCAGCCCUAAUGAUUGGAACAACAAUGUUUACUUCAACUGUUCCCAGGAGAAUAGCAGCCGGGAGAAAUGUGGUGUUCCCUUCUCCUGUUGUUUGCCUGACCCAGCUCAGAACGUUGUGAACACUCAGUGUGGUUACGAUAUCCGAUCCAAGAAUAAGGAGGUGAAGGACAGUCUGGUCAUUUACACCAAGGGCUGCGUCCAGGCGUUUGAGGACUGGAUACCAAGGAACAUUUACCUUCUCGCUGGAGCUUUCCUUGUUAUAGCCUUUCUGCAGAUGUUCUCGAUAUAUCUUGCGCGCUCACUAAUCAGUGAUAUUGAGGCGUUGAAAGCAGGCUGGCGUUAUUGAGUUCCAUGUGUGGCAGGGAGCAUCCUGGAAUAUCUGAAGCUCAAAGUUACAUACAGUUCAGAAAUAUAUAUUUUUGUAUUUGAGAGACUCUAACUUGAGUAUAUUUCCAUCAUUGGAAUUCAGGUCUUUCUGUCCUGUGUUACCUCUACCUUUUCCUUUACUGUUCAGGUCUAAUCUGCUUGGACUGCUGGAUUCUAUAUUCCAGCCACACCUUGUGCCUUUCUGACUUUACUCCUGACUGUGGUGUGUUUGUGGAACUGUGUAUUUGUACAAUUCUAGUGUUGUCACAUAUUGAAUAUUUAUAAAUGUCCUGCUGGACUGUACAGGGCUGAGAUAUAUGUUCAGGAAUACUCUCCUAUCAGAACGGCCACACACUGUUACUGUGGAGUGCCCGGUUAGCUCAGCAACCUGUAACUAUCAGAAUUAUGAAUCUAUUUGUGCUGGGGAUGUAAGAGUGAGGGUCAGCGCAGAGAGCCCAGCUAAUUCUCCUGCUGUGUGCAAGCCUCAGGCUGAGACACCCAGCUGCUUAUGGCACUUGUCAUUGAGACUUGGAAGGUUCACAGUGCUGUUUGAAGGUGUUUACAUAAACUGAUGAUGGAGUCGUAUGGUGCAGGGUGUUAGACUGUGGACUGUGAUGUGACUGGCCGCUGUGUCUUCCUCAAGGUGAAGGGAUAGAGAGGCUGCUCUGGAUGGGUGGAAUUAAGAAUUUUAUGAGCCAGUCACUCCCACUCCCACCCACUCCGGCACAGACACUAAUGAAAGAGAGGGCGGUGGUCUGGAUCACUUACUGUUCGUGGUCUUCCCAUUUUCCCUAUCGUGUUGAGUUUUCCAGGGGAGUGGAUUGGUACUGAUUGUUCCUGGUCACAUGGACCUUGGACAUUUUUACAAUCUCCUGUAAUCUCCACAAGUGAAGGUUUCUGUUUAAUGAGGUCAAGGAGUGGAAAUCUUUGGCCAUCUUUGUACAGUUUGUAUGAUGUUCAAUACUUGGUAUUUGUGACACUUUGUAAAGCUUACAUUGCAGAGCAGGUCCCGAAACCAUGGAGACUGAGAGACACGAUGAGGCCUCAUCAGCAGAGACAGGCUGGGGCUAAACCCCAACCAACACACACAGCAAUAUUCUCUUCUCUUCAAAAUGCAUGAUUUCUGCUUGUUGCCAUUUAGCUGCCAAAGUGGGUGUCACAGCCGUGAAGAGUGUGAGUUAGGUUGGAACACCAUGUCCCUCCUCCAGCCAUUCCUUCUCCAGGGUCCCUGGUAAAGCAGAUGGAACUGAGGAGCAUCCUUUUUUUAUUCAUUCACAG